AUGGAGUGCGAGUUUGAGGGAGGUAAGUUUGAUGAUUUUAUCAUCCAGGAUCCCUAUCUGUUUCCUGCUGCACAUGGUGGAAGGCUGGUGGGACUUUGGUGCAACGGUGGGCUUUGCGGGCUUCUUGCUGUUCUGAUUUGGCUUCCUUGGUUUCGCCCGAAAAUGAAGGAUCGCUUGAAAAUAAAGCUGUGCUCUUGGUACGCAUUCUUGACUAGCUGUGGCAAUUCAUUGGAAGCACUGGCAACAUGCGUUCUUUCCGAGAACGAUGGUUUUGCAUUGAUGUUGAUCGCGCGCAUGGUCACCAUCACAUCGUUGGGUCCGCUCCUUGCUUUAGCCAAUGGAUUGGGGGAGGCGAUUUGGCCAUCAAAGCGUUGGCAAGAUGUGUGGAUCGUGAGCAUCCUAUUCCUACUGGGAUCAUUGGCAGGAUUUCUCACCCUUUCCCUGAUGCUUCGCGACUUUGGCGUGCUGGCUUUGGGUUGCACCAUGGCCCUUGGAUUUUUCUAUACCGGUGCUGUAUGGUUGCUGACGUUGCUGGCAAUAAGGGAACGGCAGCCAAUCGCCUACACCGGGGUGAUUGCUGUGAUCCUUCUGGCCGGGUCCUACAUCUUCUUAGGCCUCACGGAUCUCACAUGUGGUCCUCCUGGACAUGUGGACUGCUACGUACACUGUUUCUUGGGCCAAGGCGGAACUCACUACAUACUCUGGAUGGCGGUGGUGCUUGGAGCGAACGGUUUUCUUUGGAUGCACUUUUAUGACGAUCAACCGAGGGGGGCGCAGAUCCAAUGGCCCAAGAUCUUGACGUUUCGAAUGUUCCACCCCGCAGCGACCGAUGCAGCGACCGUGUCCGUGCCCGAGCCAAGUGCGGCGACCGAUGCUUGA